UGCCAUAGUGCCACCAGCAUCUAAGAGAGAGAGAGAGAGAGAGAGAGAGAGAAAGUAAAGAAUUAAGAAUUGAAAAGCAACUGCUUUUGAAUUCGUGCUUCGAAGAACUUCUCUCAGUGUGCAAACCUUAAAUACCGUCGUUGUGAAGGAGAGAUCUCUGUCUUUCUUGGGAGAAUCAACUGAAGCAGACAUGCAAUUUGGCUGAAGUUCCUACUCAAUAGAUCGGAUCUUGGUCUGUAAAUUGAUGGAGUUUGGUCAUGGCGGCCAUAAUCGGAUUGAGAGAUGGUGUUUCUACCGGAGCUGGUCUCAACGGUGGUUUUUAUUCACCAGCCAAGGAGAAGGCCUCCAACAGGGGUGUCUACAAUAGCCGCUCGCCUUUUCUGCUACGUCGGAUCCGGCAGUUGCUUGGGGUUGGCAAGUUCAAUUUAUUUCUCUUGUUGUGUUUCUUCGUUACCCUUCUUUUCAUUGGCUUCAGGAUCGAUUCUUUUAUGGGAUGGAACCCUCAUUACUCUUCUUCGGUUUCUUCUCCUUCUAGGGGUGGCUACACAGUGUUGAUUAACACAUGGAAGCGCAAUUCUCUUCUUAAGCAAGCCGUUGGUCAUUAUGCAUCAUGUAGUGGGACUGAUGCUUUACGUGUGAUUUGGAGUGAGAGUGAUCCACCAUCAAAGAGCCUAAAGGACUAUCUUAAGCAUAUUGUACAGUCGAAGUCACAAACUGCUCAUAAACCUAACUUCAAAUUUGACCUGAAUGAGGAGGACAAUCUGAAUAAUAGAUUUAAGCCAAUUAAGGACCUCAGAACAGAUGCCAUUUUUUCUGUGGAUGAUGAUGUUAUUAUUCCCUGCACCACUCUGGAUAUGGCGUUUACUGUAUGGCAAAGUGCCCCAUCCACAAUGGUGGGAUUUGUUCCCCGCAUGCAUUGGAUAGACAUAAAGAAGGAUGGUGUUGCACAUUAUAAAUAUGGAGGUUGGUGGUCUGUUUGGUGGAUGGGUACUUACAGUAUGGUCCUCUCCAAAGCAGCAUUCUUUCACAGAAAGUACUUGGAUUUGUACACAUACACAAUGCCUUCAUCUAUACGUGAUUAUGUGACGAGGGAAAGAAACUGUGAAGACAUUGCAAUGUCUCUUCUUGUUGCAAAUGCCACGGGUGCCCCCCCAGUCUGGGUUAAAGGGAAGAUAUAUGAGAUUGGUUCAUCGGGCAUCAGCAGUCUGAAAGGGCACAGUAAUAGAAGGAAUACAUGCCUCAAUGACUUCGUUUCCCUCUAUGGAACUAUGCCUCUAGUAUCAACCAAUUUAAAAGCAGUGGAUGCAAGACAUGAAUGGUCCUGGUAAUAAACUGUGAGGUGAUAGAUUCAUUUAGAUGGGUCUUGCUCCCUUCAAUGUAAAAUCUGCCUUCAAUUUAGUACCUAUUACUUGUAACCUGCUUUGGAAGUGAGAGGGCACAUAGCAGAUUAUAUCCACGGUGUAGUUCACUAUAUGAACAACCCAGCAAUCCAUUGUGGUAUUGUGUUUACUGUUUGAUUA